AUGCCACGCGUGCAGCCGUUGGCGAAUGCAUCCAACUUUUUCUUUGCACCGGUGGCGACGUUUGCGCGUCCAUCGCCGCAGUCGCGGAACGACAGGACCCACCGGUUUUCAGACGCCCGCAUCUUUUGUGGAUUUGCCUACCUUGCGAUCACACUCGCGUUGAGCGCGCGCUUUGUAGUCACGUUGGGCGAGUACACCACCAACGACUUUUACUGGGCAAACUUCAACACGACAGGGAUGCAGUCGUUCUUGGCCGACCUGUGCAACGCAAAGCUUCCGCUCGUGUACGUCCCCACUUUGAUCGACUUCAACCGCAGCAUGGCCAUUCCAAAAGACUAUUCCGGCGCCAACACUCGAGUUGUCGUGAGCCCUGCUCGGGCCCGGUCGUUCCUCCUUCAGAGCAUUCCCCUCGACCAAAUCAUCCCGGCCCUCCAAGCCACGCCGUUUGCCAUCAACUUGCUAUAUCCCGUUCCGCACUGCUGGGUGGACUUCAACCGGUCGUUCGAGAUGGCGCACACGGCAAAACGACAGCGGCGGUGUGAAUUGAACGACCGCGAUAACGCCGCCGUGUACCUCGAGUCGAUUUUGCGCAACGCAAAAUUUACCGACGUAGUCCAGUCGGCGACCUUUCUCGACUUGAACUUUACGGUCUUCGACGCGUUGUACAAGACGGACGCAGGCCACACAUGGAUGAAGUACUUGACGACGCACCAAGUGGCGUCCGUCGCGACCGAGGCGGCCACCUGGACGAGCGCUGGAUUGACGAGAUGGGUCACUCAAAUGUCCAACGCGUUUCAACAAGGGCUUGUCGAAACCAUCACAGUCGUCAACGCGCUCGGCAUUGCGUCGACCAUUACGAUUGGCAAUGUACCUUACCGAGCCCGAGGGGGAGCGUAUUGGACCACGUUGAAGGCGUCGUUUGGCAUUUGGAACGACUUGUCCAUCUGCAACAUGUUCAUCGGGUGUAGUCUCGUGCGCGGGGCGUCCAACCACUUUGAAGCUCUCGGAAUCGACUGGGACAACGACAUUGUGAUCGGUGGGAUGACAUCGCCUGUCAUCGAACUCACACGUCGCUACAUUGGGCCGUACGGGUCGUUGGACUUGCGUUUUGUGCCGGUUCCAACUGUGCUCUUGGACCAAGUCGCCGAGUUCCAGCGUGCGUAUUACGACCGUCUUCAACAAAAUGCCAUGGCGAUGGCGAGCUAUCGCAGCUUUUCUCUCGCGCAAGUGGAUCCGAUUCCACCACUGUGGCACGACAUGGAGUUUUAUGGUGGAAACCCCAUGUGCACAAAAGUCCAACCCGAGCCAUACGUGCGGGAAACGUUUGGCUUUUACGAGAGCUGCGACAGUUCAGCCACGUACAGUGUUGUUCUUGGGCGGGACAGCUCUGUAUUUGCGCUUCAAGCCAUGGCAUUUCCCUCGAACGCUGUUCGACGCAUUUGUGCCACGUGCCGCACGACGCAGGUCGGUUGCGGGGCGGCGUUGGACGGGGCGGACACCAUUCUGUCCAACCUUGGAGGGUCCAUCGGGAACCCCGACGUGCCAUCCGCCAUCGACCACUUGACCAAAAUGAACAUCACGAUGAUUCAGUUCGCCUCGCACAAUCAGAAUAAAGUGCUCUUAACUCAAAGCAUGUUGGACGGAGCCGAGUUGUGGGACUUUUUCGGUUGGGUAAGUAUGUACGAUUGGGUUCAAGGCACUCGCGAGGUAUACACAUUCGAAGGCGACGAAGCCAGUGUCACGCUCGUGUCGCCGUACUCGGCAAGUGCUGAGAUGACAGCCAACUCCCUUGAAGUCCCCAAGAGCGCGUGCAAGUACAUGUGGUACCUUGCAGCCUAUGUGACGUUUGUCUUGACCAGUGUUGGUGCCCUCAUGGUCCUGUUCGGGACCUUGAUUCGAUUUCGGACCGACCCUCAUCAAUCGUUUCAGUUCAACCGUGUCGUUGGGUCCGUGUGGAUCGGCCGUCCAUUGCUGCUGCUGCGAGGCAUGACCGCGGCUACGGUACUCUCGACGUCGACGGAGCAAUUGAUUACGAUUCAAGGCUUUUCGCAAAUCACGUACGGUCAACGAUCGAUCUGGGACGUCUUGGUGCUAGCCAACGAAGCCUUGUGGAUCAACUAUGUGUUUGUCGAUAUCUGCUUACCCCUGACACAAGGAAUGCCAAAAUCGUAUCCGCCGCUGAGCAGCAUGUUGGCAUGGUCAGUCAUCGUUGCUCUUGAGUGUUCGUCUCCGUACGAAUCACGAGCCGUACUGCAGCACAACUGUGUCAUGCAGCGGGCAGGACGAGAAAUACAAUGCCAAAGUGGAACGUUGGCCAUCGGCAGCUUGCAUCGAGUUGUCUUGAUUUGCGUCGUGAGCGCCAUCGCAGUCGUCGUCGCGAUUGUUGGGUCGAAACUCGCAUCAAGCUUGCUUGGCCUACAGAGACACGACGACCCAUCCAAUUCUGUCCACAUGAUGGUCCCUGGAGCAUCACAAGGCCAUUUGUUCACGGCCGACAACAAUCAGUGCUUGGACAGCGUAGCAUGCAUCAUGUCGGGCAUGAUUCCACUCGCGACCAAGCUGUUUGAUGUCAAAUUGUGGGGAGUCAUGCUCGCCAGUGUUCCGACACCGCAUGGGUUCUCGUUCCCAACUCCAACUUUUCACCGGUAUCCACCGUCGCCCCAUCUGCCGCCACGAAAAAAACCCAGUCGUCGUACUGCUCUGUUGGGCUUGGUCUACUUGGCUUCAACUGUCGCCGGAAGCUACGUGUACCUCCUCUUGACCGAGUCCACCAUGUCCAACGAUAUGUGGUGGGCAACGUUCAACAACACUGGCGCACAGCUGUACCUUUCAUCGUGGUUCACGUCGCAGCUGGCCACCACCAAAGCUUUGCCCCCCAUCGCGCUCACCUUGCCAAACUACACGAGCACACAGCGAUACAACCUGACAACAGCCACAACGACCGUUCCCAGACUGUACGCCACUGCGAUCCAAGACGAAGUGAACACCCUUGGCAACGUUGUUCGUGGCCUUCGUACAAUGAACAGCUGCGACUUUCCGUGGAUUUUUGUAGCGCAUUGCUACGUCGAUUUUGGUCGUACGUGGGAGUUGGCACCGACUCGAACCAGGCAGCAACGUUGUCGCGCUGAAGUCGGGAAUGGGGCAGUGUUUCUGGAAACGUUCUUGCGAAAUGGAGACUGGCGUGAGCUGUCUCGGUGUUGGGGCGAUGCACUCAACGUUGGUGUCUUCGACGAGCUGCGCACGAGCACGAGUGGGCGCGACUGGAUAUCCACGGCCCUCGUUGACAGGAGGGAUGGUCCGGUCGCUGACGAAGUCAAAUAUUGGCAAUCUUACGGGGUGUCGUACUUUUCAACGCAGUGGCAAAAUUUCAAAAUCUUGGGGGUCGUCGAAUCGUUUUUGGUCCGAAACGCGUUGGGCCUGACCAACAUGUUCACACUCAAGCAGUUGAACGCGACCAUGCAAGUCGACAGCGAAACAAGCAACAAAAUGCACUGGGCGUUGGCCCACACGUUCAACGCUAUAUGCACCAACGAAUCGAGCAUCGGCUGGCGUUCCCUCGUCCGCAGCUCACACAAUUUUGCGUUUCAAAACCAAACUCCAGAAGUGCUUUUACCUGAAUUCCAAGCGCUUUACAUUCCACUUGGACCAGCUCUCAGCGCCGUGCGAGGCAUGCUGGGGCCUUUUGGAUCGAUCGACAUGAUUCGGGUGGCGUGUCCGACAUCGCUUCGACUACUCUAUCGAAACUUGACGGAAGAGGUGGCGCUGUUCUGGCGCUCGAAUGCCACGGCUUUAGAAAACGCCACGGUGCUGUUCAAGACUCAAAACUUUGCCCCGCAAAUGAAGGCAUGGAGUUCGAGACAACUUAUUGGUGGCAACAUCAUGUGCGAGUACGACCCUCGAAACUUGAACACGGGGAGCGACGUGAACGAGUUCUUCACGAUCCUUGGCCGUUGCAACUCGAAUCUCUUGGGCACUAUAAACCCGUCAGGAACCAAUAUGGUCAUGUCAGCUAUCGCAACAGGGUUGAACUCGACUUCCAAUGUCAAAGCAAUUUGUGACUGCGAGAAACGAUUUCGAGACAGCUGCAAGCUGUCGCUGACAGUGCUGAGUCGAUUCACUCCGCCUAUUGCGUCGAUCAAGAGUCUUGUUCGCGCCGCCAUUGAAGAUGUCCGGGACACGUUGGGAAUCGCACUCUUCCAAUUUGCUCGACAAAUGGUAAACCCGAUGGCCGUUGACGUUGCCCCAGCCAUGCUGUUUGAUCCCAACGAGCCCGAGUUCGAAUUCUUUGCUUGGCUGUACCUCUUUGAUUGGGUUGAGCAAGUACGAGAAGUGGUGACGUUUGUUGGGGAGCAUGGUCGUUUGACAACCAUGUCUGGAAUGGUACUCCCUAUUGUGGAGACGGUGAAUGGCAUGGAAAUACCAACGUCCGUGUCGUUUUAUGUGCGAUGCGCCAUCCAGUACGUCACGUUUGUCCUCCUCUUGGUGGGUUGCUGCCUCAUGUGCUACUUCAUUGCGGUCCGUGGUUACGUCGAAGGUUGGAAUAUGGUGAAAGUCAAUCGUGUUGCUGGAUUGGUGUGGGUCGGCCGCCCGCUCAUUCUUCUUCGAGGUGUCGUGGCCGUGACUCUGCUGUCAACCCCCAGUCUUGUGCUCGUUCAAUCUCCAAGUGGAAUCGUGUCGUACUUUGUAUCGCCACGUCGGUACUGGCUGACAACGUUCAUGACGUCGGGCGAAGCUUGCUGGCUCGUGUAUAUCCUCAACGACCUUUGCUCCCCCUUGACGCUUCACUAUACCGCCUAUGCAUCCAAGAGCAGCAACAUGGUCUGGUUUGUCACUUUCGUCGUCAGCAUGUUGUGGCCCGUGCAACAUGAGGUUUCCGUGGAGAGGGUGUGCAGUGUGGAAGCGGUGGACUUCCAAGUUGUGUGCAAAGCUGGCACAGUGUAUUUUGGGAACGUAUCGCGUUGCCUCCAGUUGGUUGGUAUCUCUUCUGUGUCGUGCAUUCUCUGCUACUACCUUGAGCGUCGAUGUUCCGUCGGCAGAAACGACCUCCAGUCACCAAAAUGCAUCUCGCCCUUUCUUCAUGCGGUGGCGACCCACAGUCUGCAUUUUGCCAACUGGCAGUACAACGGCGUCACCUACAUGGACAAGGCCACAGCCGCCAUGAUGGGCAUCCUCAGCAUCGAGCUUCACCGGACGCUGUACUUGUUCGACAUAAAGUCGUGGAGGUUGUACACAAUCGACCCGUGCGGCACUCGCGACUCAUCAAUGGACCCGUUCUUGCUACAAGCCGUCCCGUUGAUGGAGUGA